GAGCCCGCAGCGCCGGCCGGGCCGGGCCGCUCGGAGGUGGGUGGGCCGCGCCGUCAGCCCGCUCGCGGGGUCCCCAUUGGCCGCCCGGCGGCCGCCCUCCGCCCGGAAGGCGGCGAGGAGCCAAGAGGCUGCUCGGGAGCCGGAGCGGGAGAGCCCGCCGAACCCAACCCCAAGAAAAUGGUCCCCCCCCCCAAGGGGCAACGCCAACCCCCCCGCCGCCGGCCGGAACCCGCCCCCCGGCCGCCGCGUGGGAUCGGCCCCCACUCCCUCCCUAGCUGUGCCCACGCCGCUGUCCCGCUCGUCCCCGGCGCUGGCGCCUAUGGUCGGCCUCCGACAGCGCUCUGGAGGGACCCGGGGAGCUCCCGGGCGCCCGGAACUGGAGGCUGAUGCAUGAGGGUCCCACCGAAGCGCAGGAGCGGUGGUGAUGGUUUGGGAACCUUCAGCGGACCUGAAGUGCGCUGGGCUUUGGUGAGGCGUGACAGUUUAUCAUGACCGUGUUCAGGCAGGAAAACGUGGAUGAUUACUACGACACUGGCGAGGAACUUGGCAGCGGGCAGUUCGCGGUGGUGAAGAAAUGCCGCGAGAAAAGCACAGGUCUGCAGUAUGCCGCCAAGUUCAUCAAGAAGAGGAGGACCAAAUCCAGCCGGCGGGGCGUGAGCCGCGAGGACAUCGAGCGGGAGGUCAGCAUCCUGAAGCAGGUCCAGCACCCCAACGUGAUCACCCUGCACGAGGUGUACGAGAGCAAGACGGACGUCAUCCUCAUCCUGGAGCUUGUUGCAGGUGGUGAGCUGUUUGACUUCUUAGCUGAAAAGGAAUCUUUGACUGAAGAGGAAGCCACUGAAUUUCUCAAACAAAUUCUCAAUGGCGUUUACUACCUACAUUCCCUUCAGAUCGCCCACUUCGAUCUUAAGCCUGAGAACAUAAUGCUGUUGGAUAGAAAUGUCCCCAAGCCGCGGAUCAAGAUCAUCGACUUUGGCUUGGCCCAUAAAAUUGACUUUGGCAAUGAAUUUAAAAACAUAUUUGGGACGCCAGAGUUUGUCGCUCCUGAGAUAGUCAACUAUGAACCUCUUGGUCUUGAGGCGGAUAUGUGGAGUAUCGGAGUAAUAACCUAUAUUCUCCUAAGUGGGGCCUCCCCAUUUCUUGGAGACACUAAGCAAGAAACGUUAGCAAAUGUAUCUGCUGUCAACUAUGAAUUUGAGGAAGAAUACUUCAGUAAUACCAGUGCCCUAGCCAAAGAUUUCAUAAGAAGACUUCUGGUCAAGGAUCCAAAGAAGAGAAUGACAAUUCAAGACAGUUUGCAGCAUCCCUGGAUCAAACCUAAAGAUACGCAACAAGCUCUUAGCAGAAAAGCAUCGGCAGUAAACAUGGAGAAGUUCAAGAAGUUUGCAGCCCGGAAAAAAUGGAAACAAUCCGUUCGCUUGAUAUCACUGUGCCAAAGAUUAUCCAGGUCGUUCUUGUCCAGAAGUAACAUGAGUGUCGCCAGAAGCGAUGAUACUCUGGAUGAGGAAGACUCCUUUGUGAUGAAAGCCAUCAUCCAUGCCAUCAAUGAUGACAACGUCCCAGGCCUGCAGCACCUUCUGGGCUCAUUGUCCAACUACGACGUUAACCAACCCAACAAGCAUGGAACACCUCCGUUACUCAUUGCUGCUGGCUGCGGAAAUAUUCAAAUACUACAGUUGCUCAUUAAAAGAGGCUCAAGAAUCGAUGUCCAGGAUAAGGGUGGAUCCAAUGCCAUCUACUGGGCUUCUCGGCAUGGCCACGUCGAUACCUUGAAAUUUCUCAAUGAGAACAAAUGCCCUUUGGAUGUUAAAGACAAGUCUGGAGAGACGGCCCUGCACGUGGCGGCUCGCUACGGCCACGCCGACGUGGUCCAGCUACUGUGCAGCUUCGGCUCUAAUCCCGAUUUCCAGGACAAGGAAGAAGAAACCCCCCUGCACUGCGCUGCCUGGCACGGCUAUUACUCUGUGGCCAAAGCCCUGUGUGAAGCCGGCUGUGAUGUGAACAUUAAGAACCGAGAAGGAGAGACGCCCCUCCUGACCGCCUCCGCCAGGGGCUACCACGACAUCGUGGAGUGUCUGGCGGAACACGGAGCUGACCUGAAUGCCUCUGACAAGGACGGGCACAUCGCCCUUCACCUGGCCGUGCGGCGGUGCCAGAUGGAAGUGCUCAAGACCCUGCUCGGCCAGGGCUGCUUCGUGGACUUCCAGGACAGGCACGGCAACACCCCCCUCCACGUGGCCUGCAAAGACGGCAACCUGCCUAUCGUCGUGGCCCUCUGCGAAGCAAACUGCAGCUUGGACGUCUCAAACAAGUGUGGACGAACACCUCUGCACCUUGCGGCCAGCAACGGGAUCCUGGACGUGGUGCGGUACCUCUGUCUGAUGGGCGCCGGCGUGGAGGCGCUGACCGCGGACGGAAAGACCCCAGAAGAUCUUGCUAAAUCAGAACAGCAUGAGCAUGUAGCAGGUCUCCUUGCAAGACUCCGGAAGGAUACUCACCGAGGACUGUUCAUCCAGCAGCUGCGGCCCACGCAGAACCUGCAGCCGAGAAUCAAGCUCAAGCUGUUUGGCCACUCGGGCGCUGGGAAAACCACCCUGGUGGAGUCUCUCAAGUGUGGGCUGCUGAGAAGCUUUUUCAGGAGGCGCCGGCCCCGGCUGGCCUCCGCCAGCUCCAGCAGGUUCCCGCCCUCGCCCCUGGCUUCCAAGCCCGCAGUCUCCGUGAGCAUCAACAACCUGUACCCGGGCUGCGAGAACGUGAGCGUGAGGAGCCGCAGCAUGAUGUUCGAGCCGGGCCUCACCAAAGGGAUGCUGGAGGUGUUCGUGGCCCCGUCCCACCACCCGCACUGCUCGGCCGAUGACCAGUCCACCAAGGCCAUCGACAUCCAGAACGCCUAUUUGAACGGAGUUGGCGAUUUCAGCGUGUGGGAGUUCUCUGGAAAUCCUGUGUACUUCUGCUGUUAUGACUAUUUCGCUGCAAAUGAUCCCACGUCAAUCCAUGUCAUUGUUUUUAGUCUAGAAGAGCCCUAUGAGAUCCAGCUGAACCAAGUGAUUUUCUGGCUCAGUUUCCUGAAGUCCCUCGUCCCAGUCGAAGAACCCAUAGCCUUUGGUGGGAAGCUGAAGAACCCGCUCCGAGUUGUCCUGGUGGCUACCCAUGCUGACAUCAUGAACGUUCCUCGACCAGCUGGAGGCGAGUUUGGAUAUGACAAAGAUACAUCGUUGCUGAAAGAGAUCAGGAACAGGUUUGGAAAUGAUCUUCACAUUUCCAAUAAGCUGUUCGUUCUGGAUGCUGGGGCUUCUGGGUCUAAGGACAUAAAGGUACUUCGAAGUCACCUGCAAGAAAUACGGAGCCAGAUUGUUUCGGUGAGUAGACCCUGGAGGGCACCUGGCCCCAGACCACCCAGUGAGCCAGGGAGCUGGGCCUUUGUGCUGCCCUCUUGGUUGGAUUUGGGCUCGGGGGACUGCUUCACAGUAGGACCCAGCACGGGGUGGCUGCAGGGACAUGUUUUUAUCCUGUUGCUCUUGGUCAAGGAAGGAAAAGUAGAGAAACAAGGAGAUGACUGGAGAUUGACCUUCUGCUGUCCCCUCUGGCAGAUCAACAUCAUGCAGAGCGAAACGGUGCAGGACGUGCUGCUCCUGGACCCCCGCUGGCUGUGCACCUGCGUCCUGGGGAAGCUGCUGUCCGUGGAGACGCCGCGGGCCCUGCACCACUACCGGGGCCGCUACACCGUGGAGGACAUCCAGCGCCUGGUGCCCGACAGCGACGUGGAGGAGCUGCUGCAGAUCCUCGACGCCAUGGACAUCUGCGCCCGCGACCUGAGCAGCGGGACCAUGGUGGACGUGCCCGCCCUGAUCAAGACGGACAACCUGCACCGCUCCUGGGCGGACGAGGAGGACGAGGCGAUGGUGUACGGCGGCGUGCGCGUGGUCCCGGUGGAGCACCUCACGCCCUUCCCGUGCGGCAUCUUUCACAAGGUGCAGGUGAACCUGUGCCGCUGGGUGCACCAGCAGGGCACGGAGGGCGACGCGGACAUCCGCCUGUGGGUGAACGGCUGCAAGAUUGCCCACCGCGGCGCCGAGCUGCUGGUGCUGCUGGUGAACCACGGCCAGGGCGUGGAGGUGCAGGUGCGCGGUCUGGAGACGGACAAGGUCAAGUGCUGCCUCCUGCUGGACUCGGUGUGCAGCACCAUCGAGAACGUCAUGGCCAGCACGCUGCCCGGGCUCCUGACCGUCAAGCACUACCUGAGCCCCCAGCAGCUGCGGGAGCACCACGAGCCCGUCAUGAUCUACCAGCCGCGGGACUUCUUCCGGGCGCAGGCGCUGAAGGAGACCUCCCUGACGAACACCAUGGGCGGCUACAAGGAGAGCUUCAGCAGCAUCAUGUGCUUCGGCUGUCACGACGUCUACCAGCAGGCCAGCCUCGGCAUGGACAUCCACGCGUCAGACCUGAACCUCCUCACGCGGAGGAAGCUCAGCCGCCUGCUGGACCCGCCCGACCCCAUGGGGAAGGACUGGUGCCUUCUCGCCAUGAACUUGGGCCUCCCCGACCUGGUGGCAAAGUACAACACCAACAACGGGGCCCCCAAGGACUUCCUCCCCAGCCCGGUCCACGCCCUGCUGCGGGAAUGGACCUCCUAUCCCGAGAGCACGGUGGGCAUCCUCAUGUCCAAACUGAGGGAGCUGGGUCGCCGGGAUGCAGCAGACUUCCUGCUGAAGGCAUCCUCCGUGUUCAAAAUCAACCUCGAUGGCAAUGGCCAGGAGGCCUAUGCGUCAAGCUGCAACAGUGGCACCUCCUAUAAUUCCAUUAGCUCGGUCGUGUCCCGGUGAGGGCAGCUUCUGGCUUGGGCAGGGUCUCUUUGGACUGCAGAGCGAGGGGGUGCGACCCAUCCUUCCCGUUGGAGAUGCCAAGGGCAUUCCUUCCUACCCACAUCCCCAGGGACCCCCGCCCCCAACUCCACCUGUUCCUCUGCCCCUGCUACCGCCCUGCCUCUCCACAUUCCCUUGUCUGCGGAUGGUCUUCCCAGGUUCAGAGCAGAACAGCUCCUUUACUUUGGCCAUUCGAAAGAAAAGCUAGUGGAGCUCCUCUCAGUGUUUUGGACUCCAUUUCUUGUCCUCCAAUACCUUGCUUUUACUGGAAUUUUACUGGAAUUCCUAAUUUUCGAUGAAAUUUUUUUAACUACCGUAUUGAUUAUCCUUUAAAAACAGAAAAGCUCAUAUUUAUCCAAAGUGUAUAUUUCUUAUACUCUUUCCUUUGUUAUACCAUCUCCUCAGCUUAUCUCUUUUAUAUUUAUAGGAGAGACUCCCAUGUAUGGAAUCCCACUGUAUAAUUUAUAAACAGACAAUAUGUGAGUGCCUUUUGCAGAAGAGGGUGUGUUUGAAACCAUCAGAGUCAGCCAGGAGCUGUCACCAAGGAAAUGCUACCUCUCUGUCCCUUGCUGUAUGCUGAUCACCGCCAGAGGUGCUUCACCCUGAAUUUUGUUGUUUUUUCUUCCCAGCAAUGUCUGUGUUUUGUUUGGCAAGGAAAGGAGAGACAUGAGUCUUCCUCCAGGGUGAUUUCAUUGGCAGUGUUGUUGCUAUACGAAGACAUGUUCAUUUUGCUUUUGUUGGAACGUCAAUGUGAAUGUCCACACGAAACCUACAAGCUGUCAGGCUUCAUCAUUCCCGCUCAUCUCAGGUAGAAGGUUGACACGGUUGUAGGGUGCGGAGACCUGUGUAAGAAUUCAGAAGAGCCCUGACUCAUCAUUUGUGGCAGUCCGUUGUCAUUGGUGCAUAGCAGAUGGUUUCCACAUUUAGAUCUUGCUUUGAUAACUUCCUAUAACUUGAAGUCUAAAACCAGAAAAUAAAGGAGGCAAGUUUUCUUCAGUGAUUUUAAAUUGUAAUAGAGUUUUAAACUGAUGAGGGAACAUGCCCUAAUUCUUCUGUCCUGAGAAGCAUGUAAUGUUAAUGUUAUAUCAUAUGUAUGUAUAUAUAUAUAUAUAUGCACUAUGUAUAUACAUAUAUAUUAAUACCGGUAUUUUUACUUAAUCUAUAAGAUGUCGUAAAAAAGUUAAGUUUUUUCUUUUUCUUUUUUUAAAUAAAUAAACUGUUGCUCGUUGCAUUA